CCCGGAUUAGAUUGUCUGAGAUCGCAGUCAAGUGAGGAUUUGCUCCAUUCACGCAGAAAAUCUUAAAGCAUACCCAACGCGCCUGGGGCUCAACUGAAGAGAUUGAUGCUGCGUUUAGAGUGAUUUAUUUGCAUAUUUUUAGACAUUAAGUACAAGAACAAGAACAGUGAGCUGUUUCGUUCUUGCUGAGGCUCUGCAACAACGACUCUGUGGCAGGCCACUGCUUUCGUGUAGUUCUCGACUUUGCCCGCUGCUGUGCCUAAAGCUGCCACAACUCAGACAACAUGCCAUGAGAAAAAGAAGCCACUUUGCUCUCGAAAAAGAAUUUGUUGCUCCGCUAAAAACAAUUUGGAAUGGGAUUAGAUAAAACGAUGGAUGAUGAGAAGAGAUGCGAGGAUUUGGAUUCGUUUACACUAUUUGGAAUGGUAGAAAGGUUAAAAAGGGUACGUAGGGAGAGAGAGGGGGGUGAAUCAUGGCGUCUUCCAUCAUCGAAAGGUCGGUAUCUUUAUGGCGAAAAGAGAAUAAAAAGAUAAAAAGGAGCGCCCCGAAUUCGACCACUCAUUGCGAUGCUGCUAUAGUUUCGCGUGCUUCUUUGGCUGGCAACAAAAAAUUCCACCUUUUUCUUCUAACGCAUCUUGUGGCCCUCUGCCUCCUCUUCAUCAUCAGCUCGACGACGAAAACUUGCAUUCGCAUUCGCCGCCCACGUCACAAUCUAGCUCCUCAUAAGUCGAUUGCUUGUUACUGUGGCCGUAAUCUGUUUCUUCUUCUUCUUCCUGCGAACUGGGACAGUUUGGUCUCUUGCUACUUUGGCUUCUCUGGCCUUGGAUUUUUCUGCGAUUUCGCCUCUUUUCUGUUGGUUCGAUGUGUGCCCUGUUCCUCAGCGUUCUUCCACUAAAAAUGAAAUUUUAAUUCUCCAUGCUUCACAAAGAUGCAAAUUUGACGACGUUGAAGGAUUCUCUUCAGAGGGAUUCAAAAUGCGGCAACAGUGGCUUUGCUCUCAGUCUUCACAUAUCUCACACUAGAAACUACUCUAAUACUACAACUUGAAAAUGUCUUCCAUUAGUCUAAAUAAUGCAGCUGCCCUGCUCGAUGAAAUGAAGCUGUUGCGAGAAGCUCCCAAUAAGUCAAGCGCAAGAAAGGUGAUAAACUCUGAGCUUUGGCAUGCCUGUGCUGGGCCACUUGUAUCAUUACCCCAACCAGGCAACCUUGUCUACUAUUUCCCACAAGGGCAUAGCGAGCAGGUGACUGCAUCGACUAGGAAAAUAGCAAAUUCACAGAUCCCUGCCUACACAGAUCUCCCACCUCAGUUGAUGUGCCAAGUUCAUAAUGUCACGUUACAUGCCGACAAAGAGACUGAUGAAAUAUAUGCUCAGAUGACACUUCAGCCUGCCAAUUCUGAAAGUGAUGUUUUCCCCAUCCCGGACCUUGGUUUUAGUAAAUGUAAGCAUCCAUCUGAAUUCUUCUGUAAGAUUUUAACUGCAAGUGAUACUAGCACACACGGUGGAUUCUCUGUACCUAGAAGGGCUGCUGAAAAACUAUUUCCACAAUUGGACUAUUCUAUGCAACCUCCAAAUCAAGAACUUAUUGUUAGAGAUUUGCAUGAUAACUCCUGGACAUUUAGACACAUUUAUCGUGGACAGCCAAAGAGGCAUCUUCUUACGACGGGAUGGAGUCUGUUUGUGGGUGCAAAAAGACUAAAAGCUGGUGAUUCUGUAUUAUUUAUCAGGGAUGAGAAGUCUCAGCUACUCUUGGGUGUUAGACGUGCCAAUCGAAAGCAAAUAUCCCUGCCAUCAUCUGUACUCUCCGCAGACAGUAUGCACAUCGGUGUCCUUGCUGCUGCUGCUCAUGCUGCAUCAAGUCGGAGCCCAUUCACUGUAUAUUAUAAUCCUAGAGCAUGUUCUUCAGAGUUUGUAAUUCCUUUAACCAAGUUCCAUAAAGCUGCAUAUACCCAAAUAUCAAUUGGGAUGCGAUUUGGCAUGACGUUUGAAACCGAGGAGUCAAGCAAACGCAGAUACAUGGGCACAAUUGUAGGCAUCAGUGAUUAUGAUCCUCUAAGAUGGCCUAAUUCAAAGUGGCGAAAUUUGCAAGUAGAAUGGGAUGAACAUGGUUAUGGAGAGAGAUCUGAUCGGGUCAGUGUAUGGGAAAUCGAAACCCCAGAAAGCCUUUUUGCUUUUCCUAGUGUAGCUUCAACUUUAAAAAGACAGUGUCUUCCUGGAUAUGUAGGUCCUGCAAUAAACAGGCAUCUAGGAAAUCUGAAAACCUUACCGAAUCCAAACAGCAAUGGGAACAUCGAUCCACCAAACUUUGCCGGCAUUGGUCCAGAAGAAUUUCUUAGGUUUCUCGAUAAGUCAUGUAAUCCUAACUACAAUGGUCUGCUUGGGCACCAUCCAUCAAUAUAUGCCAAUAUAUUGCAAAAUGCCAGAAGUAAUGAAUUUUACAGAAACAUAACUAUGCCGGCUUUAGGGACAACAAGAAAUUCUACCAAACAAGUGGUCGGUUCAGCAGCAAUUCAACAAAAACAGCAUUUCCGUCUGCAGCAAUCGAUGUUUGUUUCUGGAAAUGUAAUCCCGCAAGAACAUAGUUCGAUACCCCAGGGUGUUGAAUCAGAUUUUACCAGAACCAAUGUUACUUCACUAGUAUCGAGCACUGAAGAAGCCCAUCCAGCAGAAGAUGAACAAAAUUUUCAUGAUCAUGAUGUAGAGGGUGUGAAUCCAAAUAACCCACAAAUGAGUGAAAGUGCAUCAUUGCAUGAGUCUGUUUGUCAGCAAGCGAUAGUGUCCGUGGAACCGGCUGUUGAAUUGGAAGAGAAAUCAGAAAACAUGGUCAAAUCAGAUUCUGGUGACAUACUCGAAUGCCUGGAAGAAUUUGUGAAACAUCAAAAUGAAGAAAAUUCAACAGGUUCAGGCUCUUUCAGUGAUCGCAGGAAUACUGAUCAUGUACCUGUAAAUCAAGAUUUACAGGUGACAGAACAAGGUCAUGGCAAAUUUGUUCAUCAGCAGCAUAAUGAAACUUUAGCAUCGGUUUCACACGGGUUCAACACAACACAAUCAUCUGAUAUCACAAACUUAAAUAACUUAUUUCUGCAUCAUGACUACCCGCAUCAUGUCCCGGGCCAUGAUGCUUGGAUGAUGCAGCAUUCCGGUCUGCAACCCUUUGUAGGUUCGUCAAAGAAACUGGAAUUUCCUUACAUGAGCAUCAAGUCAGAUUCCUAUGUAUCUUCUACCGGAAAUGGUGCAACUUGCUCUACGGAUGUGUCUUUUAUAGCGGAUCCCCGUGCUUUUGAGCCCAUUCAGACAUUUCAGCUUCCAUGCAUUUCAGAUUCGCAGACCCCUCAGCGCUUCACGACUAAUAAUCAAGAAUAUUUAGGCAAUCAAUUGAACUCAAUUGAUGAUGAGCUAGUCGUCCAAGGUAUUUUAUCGUCUGAGGUUCAAGGAGAGUGCAGUUUCAUGCAUGGUAUAUCCAACUCAUGUGGGAUAAUGGACUUAUCGGAGGAAAGCAACAACCAGAGCAAUGCAAUUAACAAUCUUCAUGUUCCAAAUAUGGCCAUAGAAGGCCUGAAUAACUUGGGGUCUUCAGAGUUUCAUAUUCCUCCAGUGAUGCCCCUUUGCAAUUUCACUUCGAAUCAUGAAACAAUGUCUCAGAUUACUUCGUCAAGAAUGACAGAUUCAGCCUUUUCUCUACAAGACAUCCCUGACAGCUCCGCAGGGACUUCAACCAGCAGCAUGGCAGCGAAUGAUUACAACCUGUACCGAGGAUCUAGGAAGCAAACAUGUCAACAACCUUUAAGAACAUAUACUAAGGUUCAGAAACUUGGAUCGGUUGGAAGAUCCAUUGACGUGAUGCGUUUCAACAAUUACCGCGAAUUGAGAUUGGCCAUAUCGUGCAUGUUUGGAUUAGAGGGACAACUAGAUGAUCCACGUAGCUCCGAGUGGAAGCUUGUGUAUGUGGAUUAUGAAAAUGAUGUUCUCUUGGUUGGAGACGAUCCAUGGGAGGAGUUCAUCAACUGUGUUAGAUGCAUCAGAAUUUUGUCACCUUCUGAGGUACAACAGAUGAGUGAGGAUGGUGUGCCGCUUACGGAUGGCUUUGCAUAAACCAUUGAACAAAUUGAUGUACAUUGCGCAAAACAUCAGAACCAGAGCUUGAUCAUGCCUGAGAUCACAAAGCAAGAGUGAUCUUCUAACUUAUUAGGAUUUUUUUCUUCAGCCCAUCUUGUAUAUUGUUGUAUUUUCCCCCCCUAGGUUUAGGGCAUGCCUGUUGGAGAGAUUCAUGUAUUGUUGUAUGAGUGAUGGUGAAAUUGUAUGGAACGGAGACAUGGGUGAUGAUGUUAGUUUAAGCACUGAGAUUGCUCAUUCCUGAGUAGAAAAUUAAAUACAUCUAUGGGAUGAUG